GCCAUAACAGACAACAAACAUAACCAACUAAGAUACAGACAACAAUAAUAAGCAAAAUUUUCAACCUUAAUUUGUCUCAACAUGACAACCACUUUUCCAUUUCCUUCUUCCUUAUUCCUGUUUGUUCCAUCUCAUUGCAUGUUCUUUUCGUCAUUUCCAUUUUCCUCUCUGGUCCAUUUUUCCGCUACCUUCUCAUUCCUCUGCAUAAUCCUGAAUUAAUUUCGACCCUUUAUUAUUUCCUGCAUAAAAAUUCUUUUUUUUUCUUUUCUUCGCUUUUUUUAUUCAAAAUAUCAUCUGGGUGAUCUCUGAAAUUUUGUAGGGUUCCCUUGUUUUUUGGUUUUCAAACAUGGGUGGCUGUUGUAGCCACGAAGUUUCUGUUCGAGGCAGAGUGGAAAGUGAGGUGGAUGAUGGAGAAUAUGAUGAUAAUGAGAAUAAUAUUGAGGAUGUCACGUAUCAAAAUGAUGGAGCAAUGGUUAGGUUAAGAGGAUCAUCUAAGUAUGUAUCAAUGUAUACCCAACAGGGUAGAAAAGGUAUUAAUCAAGAUUCAAUGACAGUUUGGGAGGACUAUACUGGACAACAUGACAUGAUCUUAUGCGGCGUGUUUGAUGGUCAUGGUCCUCUAGGCCACAAAGUUUCGCAAUUUAUUCGCGACAAUCUACCAUUGAAACUGUCUGCAGCAAUCAAAAUGGCACAACAGAAGGCCAACAGAUACUAUGAGGCUAAUAAUGCAGACUUGGAGACAUUUGAUGGUGUCCGCAAUGAUAAUAACCUCCGCAACAUAUCCCUCGCUUCGUGGGAAGGAUGUUUUCUGAAAUCCUUCGAUGAAAUGGAUGAAUAUCUUGCUCAGGAAAUCAACACUGAUAGCUAUUGCAGUGGUUGCACAGCUGUAACUUUAAUUAAACAGGGUGACCAGUUGAUAGUCGGUAAUUUGGGCGAUUCUCGUGCAAUUCUUUGCACAAGGGAUAGAGACCAACUUAUACCUGUUCAACUUACCGUUGACUUGAAACCGGAUAUUCCAAGUGAAGCUUCAAGAAUCUUUAACUGUGAAGGCAGGGUUUUCGCCGCAGAAGAAGAACCAGAUGUAUACAGAAUAUGGAUGCCUGAUGAUGACUGUCCUGGACUAGCUAUGUCAAGAGCCUUUGGUGACUUUUGCCUAAAAGAUUAUGGCCUCAUUGCAGCUCCAGAUGUAUUUUAUAGAAAAGUUACCAAGCAAGAUGAAUUUGUUGUUUUGGCAUCUGAUGGGAUAUGGGAUGUGCUUACAAACAAUGAAGUAAUAAACAUAGUUGCUUCGGCGCCAAGAAAGUCCAUAGCAGCAAAAUUGUUGGUGAAGCGUGCCGUUCGAGCAUGGAAGUACAAGUAUCCAGGAUCAAAGGUUGAUGAUUGUGCAGUCAUAUGCUUGUUUCUAGAUGACCAACCUGUUUUGUCACAUUCUCAAUCGAGUACGAGUAGAAAAAGUCGACAUCGCAGCAGGCACUCACAUCGCUCCAAAUCACAGAGAAACGAAGACAAUGAAACUGUGGCUGGAAAAGUUGGAGUAGAAUUGAAUGAAGAAUGGAAAGCUCUUGGAGGGUUAGCUAGAGCAAAUUCAAUAUCAAAACUUCCAAGGGUUGCUAGGAAUAUGAGUAAAAGACAAUCAUCUAAGCACCAUAUUGGAAGUUGAAGUUUCACUCAAUCAAAACCUUAUGAUAUAAGAUAAUAAGUGGUCAAGUUUUUGGACCUUCAAGUUGUAUAUUUAGGUACAAACAAAAAAAGAGGUUGAAGAUUUUAUUGUUGGUGUUUCCUUAAAAACUAGAGUGAAAAAUUUGAAUUUAAUGAUGAGGUAUGUUUAAAAGCUUAUAUCUCAUUUUUCACUCAAAUUUUUAAGGAGAUGCCAAAAAGUGUACCUAAAAAGAUGCAAUGGUGGUGCCUUCUUAUAAGACUGUGAGGGGCCACCAUUAACUAAUUAUUUACCAUUUGUAAUUGUCAUCAAUAGCAAUAUUUAUGAUUUAUCUGUUAUGUAGAUCGAUGGUUAUUUGGAUGGGUGGCUUCUAAGAUGUGUUCAAAUGGUAGUAAUUUGGUUCAAAA